CAGGAACAUAAAUAUCCUUCAAUCUCCCUUUCUUCUUCUUAGAUUUUAUUUCUAUCCCUCAAGAACUUGAUUCCUUCUUCUACUUCCUUUUGUCGGUUCUCUUUCAUUGUGUGUGGUUGUUCACACCUUUUGGUCGGAAAGAGACCAAAUCACUUUAUAAAUUCCCCACUUUUUUUGCAAGAUCUUAUCUUUUUAGUCCGCUUCUAGAAUCCCUCUUUCUUUCCUGAAACCCUCUUACUAUCAGAUCAAUCACCACGCUUCCCCCAUUCACAUUUCUCACCAUGACUCAACCCUCCACUAUCACUCAACGAUUCCUGUCCAAGCCCGACCACCUGGGUGUGGUAGCAGUCGGCUUCAAUGGCGGCCAGUGCAAAAUGGGCGUUGAAGCUGCCCCCAUGGCCUUGGUUGAGGCGGGUCUCCUCGAUCAACUCCGUGACGACCUCGGCUACAAGCUGGACUAUGACAACACCGUCCACCACUAUGAGGAGCACAUGCCCGCCGAGGACCCCGACCACCGCGGCAUGAAGAAGCCCCGCGCCGUGAGCGCCGUGACCCAAGCGCUAAGCACACAGGUCUACGAGAAGGCCAAGCAGGGUCAGAUGGUCUUGACUCUGGGAGGUGACCACUCGAUCGCCAUCGGUUCCAUUUCCGGAUCGGCCAAGGCUACCCGCGAGCGCCUGGGUCGGGAGCUGGCCGUGAUCUGGGUUGACGCGCACGCCGAUAUUAACGUUCCUGAAAUGAGCCCCAGUGGAAACAUUCACGGCAUGCCCAUGGCUUUCUUGACCCGGUUGGCCCGCGAGGAGCGCAAGGACAUCUUUGGCUGGUUGCAGGAUGAGCACAUCAUCAGCACUCGCAAGCUGGUUUACAUUGGUCUGCGCGAUGUUGAUCGCGGCGAGAAGCAAUUGCUCCGGGAGCACGGUAUUAAGGCAUUCAGCAUGCACGAUGUUGACCGGUAUGGUAUCGGCCGUGUGGUCGAGAUGGCUCUGGCCCACAUUGGAAAUGACACUCCUAUUCACCUCUCAUUUGAUGUGGAUGCUCUGGAUCCCCAGUGGGCUCCCAGUACCGGCACUCCCGUGCGUGGCGGUCUGACUCUCCGCGAGGGUGAUUUUAUCUGUGAGUGUGUGCAUGAGACGGGCAACCUGGUGGCCAUGGACUUGGUGGAGGUCAACCCUAGCCUUGAGUCUGUGGGUGCCUCUGAAACCAUUCGGACCGGGUGUUCGUUGGUGCGCAGUGCAUUGGGUGAUACUCUCCUGUGAGUUAAUGUAGAUUUAUAGACGGGGAGGAUGGCUACUGGAUGGGAAUUUCUUUUUUUUCCUUAUUAUUUUUAGACAUGACCGAACGGCAUUAUUAGUAUGUGUACAAUGACAUUGAUACGACUUUCUUAUA